AUGGAGUUAGGAGAUGAAAGAGAAAGAAAAGACGAAGCACUCGCCAUCACCAUACUUGUUAUAACUAAAGCAGUGGCUAUCUCAUUGCUUUUAUCUAAUAUUAAUGAGCCAACAGAAGAUGAACCAGCAUCAGAUGGAGGAACUUCAUUUGUCUGAUUUGAUUGGUCUGUUUGAUUUGUUGAGUUCAAGGGUGGAAUCUGAGAUCAUGUAUUCUGAUCUUUAGAUGUCUGAUAUCCACCUUGUCAACUACCUCAUAAACUUGAGUCUCCAAGUUGACAUACCUCACAAUUGGGGAUGUUUCAUUCUUCCACUGUGAUCUCAAAUCUCUUAUAAUGGACUUCACUAGCAUAAGCAAUCUUGAGCGAGAAGUAGAAGGUUUGUGUAACACUGAGUUUUGGAGUUUUAUUCAGAAGCAUCUUUUGAUUCACAGUAUCCAACUGCACCCAGGUAGGAAUUGCAUGAGUUCCUGUUUGGGCUAAGCUGAAGGUGAUAGUGGUGUAAUUGACUGCCUGGGCUCAAGCCCAGAUGAAGUUCACUUCGGCUGUAACGUUGCCCUGGACUAACUCAGUAUGGUCCUGAUUCCACAAAGCAACAUAAGUCGUGAUAGGAGGGUUUGUUGCAGAAGUAAUGUCUGUAGCUGUUAUCGAAAUAGAAGUUGAGGCAGAAAUUGAAGUUGUACUCGAUGUCAGACUAGGAUUUGAUAGUGUUCCAGACACUUGGUAACUAGUAGUAAUAGGAAUAAAAAGAGGAGCCUCUUCUAUUAAUUGUGGAAACUGGUCAAUAUUAUUUGCUGGAGACUUUGCUAUAAAAUAUGGGGAAAAAGACAUAUUAUCUCCUCAUUGAAUCAGCAACUCAAUUCCCUCUGCAAUAACUCCUUCGAUAGCAUAUGACCGAGUGUUUAUCUGUCUAUAUUCUUUAUAAAUACCUGUGUUAUCUUUUUUAAAACAGAAUAAAUCUUUUCUGGUUGAGAGGUGUUCCAGGUUGUAUCUGUGUAGCAACAAAUUUAUUAAAUUCUCUGAUUGUAUAACUACCACUCAACCCACUUCCAUGCAUAAUAAACCCUGGGUUUUGAGGAGUCCCAUCAGUUGCAUUUAAUUGGUGGAAAAUCAACUUGGAAUGAUAAUAAAUCAUUGUGAAUAUCCAUUUCCCAUUUCGACUUAAAAUUGACGCGCUUACUGAAUUUGUUCAACUUGAAGUUGGGCACGCAAUACUUUUAUUUCCAAACCAAGUUGGAUGUAUCUGAGAAGUUAUAAUUGACCAAAUAGUAUUCGUUAACUGAAGAAUCAACUGAUGCAAAGAACAACAGCUCACUACUAAUGGGAACAAAGUUAGCAUAACUAUUAACUCCAAAGCUUCAUCAGUCAAGAUUAGAGACUCCAAAAAGGAAGGAAUUGAUAAACUUCUUGUUAUCUGAAGAUUGGCAGUGUUAACUUCAUAUAUUUUGUUCGUUGUCUUAUCUGGAAAAUAAAGUAUAUCUCCAUUUUCAUUUAAUUCGCAUGCAAUAUGACAGCUCUCACAGGGAAAGUUCCGGUAUAAUAUGUCCCAACAAAAUAGAGUAAAUCGUUCUCCUGAUCUGGUAGAAUUUUCUCCAUAGUGUGUGCUAGUGCUCCAGGUACUCCGAAACUUGCUGCCUUUGGUGCACCCAUUGAUCUGGUUUCAUCGCUUCAUAAAUUAGCUGAAACAGA